AUGUCGACUGAAAAGAAUUACUUUGGGAGUUCACCGGACUAUAUAUUCAAGCACCGAAUCCAAUACCCUUCUUCUCGUACCAUAUUCGUAUCUGGGGCCACGGCAGGGAUCGGGCUCGCCAUCGCAAACCACCUCCUAGCUUCAAGCGAUCAGCAUCUCCUUAUCCUGGCCGGUCGCAAGGUUGAUGUGCUGAACAAAUUCCAGUCCACAACUCCAGAUCGGGUCGUCACGCGGGCCGGAGAUAUGGCUGACCUUGAAUUUGUACAAGGAAUGUUGCGAGGCGUGCAGUGUGACGGUCGGCUGGACGCGCUCGUGCUGAACCACGGUACCUUGGGACAAUGCUUGAGGAUAGGGCAGAUGGAAGGCGAUGAGUGGGAGCGCACAUUUAGGAUCAAUGUAACCAGUUGCGUUGUCUUGAUCAAAGAAACACUCCCUCUCCUCCGGAGCAACAAGGGCCACAUCAUCUUUACAUCCUCAGGCGCCGCUUCGAACGCAUACCCCUCAUGGGGUGUCUAUGGAGCCACUAAAGCAGCCAUCAACCACUUGACCAUGACGUUGAAGAAUGAAGAGCCUGAAGUCACCACGGUGUCCAUUCGUCCCGGUGUCGUUGACACAGCCAUGCAGAUGGAUAUCAGGGAGAAAUACCUUCACAAUAUGGACGAGAAGGACCAACAGAAAUUUCUGAGCGCCAAAAAGGACGGGAAGCUCUUGCCGCCGGAGAAGCCUGGAAAUGUGAUUGCAGAACUGGCUGUAAGGGCAAAAAAGGAGUUCUCGGGGUUGUUUUUGAGGUAA